AUGCACAAGAGUGUACCAAGUGCGCACGAUUGGUGCCGAUGCCAGCGACGGCGGCGCGGGCGCACGGUCAGGGCCGACCGCCUGGCGCCACUAGGGCUGCGAACCUUAUUGAUAUCUUACACAAUAUACCAACACAUUAAAUGCGAUAUAACCACAUCUUGUGGUACAACAUCAAGUCUGCGAAAUGAGACAGACAAACAGAAGAAGCCAAAUAAAAAUAAAACUCCAAAGACUUCAAGAAUUAAAAUCACAACAGUCACCACAGUCACCACAGUCACCACAGUCACCACAGUCACCACAGUCACCACAGUCACCACAGUCACCACAGUCACCACAGUCACCACAGUCACCACAGUCACCACAGUCACCACAGUCACCACAGUCACCACAGUCACCACAGUCACCACAGUCACCACAAUCACCACAGGCACCACAGGCACCACAGGCACCACAGGCACCACAGGCACCACAGGCACCACAGGCACCACAGGCACCACAGGCACCACAGGCACCACAGGCACCACAGGCACCACAGGCACCACAGGCACCACAGUUACCACAGUCACCACAGUCACCACAAUCACCACAGUCACCACAGGCACCACAGUGUCCACAGUCACCACAAUCUGUUAA